AUGGCUCCACGAUUUAAGAAGCUUACUGACUGCCCUGAGAAUCUUCGGGAGGCCAUCGACUGGUUGAUCCAAGUGAGGCAUGGUGGAGAUGGUAAUGGUCUUGAGCAGUUGGCCAAAGCUUUGAAAAAAUUGAUAGCAGAGGCUAUAGAGAGGACUUACACCAGCUUUUGUGAUAAUCUAUGCACUAUUCUUGAUCCAGCUGGGCAACGGUACGAGUGUUGCAGGGAGAAAAUUCAGUCCAUCAAAGCUCUGAAGGCAGAGGUUGAUAAGGCCGGAAUUGUUGAGGAAGAUAAAUUAGAAAUACUUUUGAAUUACGUUAAAACAUUAAAAGAUGGCUGUGUAACAAAUCAUCGUGUUGAUACCUCCACAGAUAAGGCUUUAGAGGAUGUUCAGUCCAGAAUGGAGAAUCUUGAAGGGCUUAGAAAAAAUCUUAGUGGAUUUACAAGUGAUCCCAGCCCUAUUUUAGAACAGUUGUGCACUGGCCUUGAAACCUUCCUCGGCUUCGACCCUUCUUCCAAAGGCUACAAUGGCAAUGGGAUAGUGUAUUCGGACCUGGAUAGGCUAUGUGACGGGAUGAUCGCGUUUUUGCACGGGGUGCUUAAAGGUGUCCAUGAUAAUAAGAAUCUUUCGCCUUAUAAGGAGAAAUUACAUGAUUCUGUAAUUGAUUUAGAUGCUCAACUAAGUAAAGGCGAAAGAGGUUUGAAUGUUGUUAUUGACCAUGUUAAGAGUGGUAUUCAGGGGUGGUUGGGUGCAGUGAAGUCGUCUAACUAUGAAGUUACGAGACAUAUAAAUGAUCUCAUUACUGAAGGGCAAAACAUUCCCAAGCUACUAAAAGAGCUUCAGGAUAUUAAAGGCAAGGAAUACUUUGAAGGUGUGUACAGUGAUUGGAUUUACGGAGUUGACCUACUGCCCGGGAUUGCCGAACAAUCAUUUAACAAACUAAAAACUUUAGACGGGAAAUUGAGCGAGCUGUUAUUACCGCAUAUAGAGUUAAUUAAACGAUUCGUAGAAUCAUAUCAAGAUUCCUUUAGUAGGGACGUUUAUGGGCUCAUAGAUUACUGUUCUAGGGUGGACAAUGAAUUUAGAACGCUGGAUGAUACCUUCGAGAAGGGUUUGAGUGAGACGAAUCAUGGUGGUCUAAGAUAUAAGCUAAAUGAUAAUAUUACGCAGCUUAAAGAUAAAGUAGAGAAAGAAUAUCCGCGGCAGUUACGGAUAUCCAUUGAGGCUGCCAAGCACACUCUAUUGGAAGCGAAGUUGGUUGCCGAUGCAUAUUUGACAGCAGUAUACAACAAUAAUGAACGAGACAUGUUUAGGGUAAAAUUCGAUGCAAUAGAGGGGUUGUUAAAGGAAGUUAAUGAUAAAUCUUCAAUGCCUUCCAAGAACAAAUCUCAGCUUCGACAGCUAGUCACUACCGUUCAGCAAAACCUUCGUCAACUAAACGUAGAACUCAACAAGUGCGCGUCCGACAUUGGCAGAACAAUUUCAACAGCUGUAAGCGAUAUUACCGUGGCACUUGUGCAGUUGGAUAAUAAGGUGAAAGAUGACUUGGUUCUGCUUAAAAAUAAGAUUGAUGGGCCUAUUCAGGAGUAUUUUCAGACGGUGGAUGCGGGGUUGAAGAAUGCUGUAAAAGUGAGUUAUAGUCACUCUGAUUUCCCUCAAGAAUUUCGAAUUGGCAUAGGAGGUGGUAAAGGCGAUGCUAAAGCUCCAAAGUUGCAUAAGUGGGCUGAGGAUAAUAAUACUCGACUUCAAAAUGCGCUAUAUAAAUUAGAUAUUUCCGGUGAAUUACCUAAAUUCAAAACAUUUGUACAGGAGUUUAUAGAGAUUGUAGACGAGAACCAAAAAACCUUCUUCGGUGCCAUCGGCGCUGAGAUAACUGGCAUAGUAAAAAAAAUUGUAUUUAACUUGUACAAUGCGAAUAAUGAUAACAUUGUUGUGCAGAAUCUCAUGGUAAAUUAUAUAAAGUGGGUAACAAGUGCUGGCGAUUCCACCUCCCUUCAUUCUAAAAUAAAAAAGAUUACUACAGACCUUAAAAACAUUUUCGCUGAUGGCAUUGUGAAUGAGCAUUCAACUUUUAACACUGAAGUAGGUGGAGCAUUAAACACUUACAAUGUGAUAAAAGAACGUGCUAACAUUUCGGUCGAAGAGCUCUUUGAAAAAAUCGGUAAGCUUGAAGAGCUACCCGAAGCUGUUAAACGGGCGAGAUUAAGUGUUGAUAAGUUUAUUAAAGAUAUUAGAAAAUAUUAUGAAGCGCUCAAUACGGAGGUAAAAAUCGCCAUAAGCACCUUGGACCAUUCGUUACAUAAAUUGGACGCUAUGAUUCGGCAGGUAAACUUUGGAAUUGACGAUGUCCACACGAAAGCAAAAGAAUACAUUCAAGAAUUCCACGAUAUAUACUUUAGAUCAUCUUUGAAUGCCAAAAAGAAUAUUAAAAAAGAAGCGUUAUCUAAAUUUGCGGAAUCCAAGGAGUUUGCGCUCAAUAAGCUUAAGGGUUUAAUUAGUGAACGUUUGAAAAGGAUUAAUGUGAUAAUUGAAAAGGAUUCUGUAACUGGAAUCAAAGGUAUGAUGAAAUGGAUGAGUGGCGAUCUAGAUGCAUCCGGCCGCCGAAGCGCAGAGAACUUUCUUAGCAAGAUGAAAACAGAACUAGAAAAAGGUGACCACAUAACAUUGCUUGAUCUGUCCAAAAUAGCAAGAGAUUUUAUAGAUGUUAUACUGAUUUAUGCUGGAGGGGAUGUGAAGAAAGUAUUCACACAUGAUUGCAUGAUAAUGUAUCGUUCCAAAGUUAAGAGUAUUUUUGACAAGUUUUCCAGACUGUUGGAUACCCUUACUCAUUACAAUGCCGACUUUUCGACAAAUCUUGCUGAAUUUCAGAAUUUACUCAGCGAUUUAAAUCCUCACGAAUUCGACGUUCCGGCAUAUCCAGUUUUGGAUAUUUUACGAGUUGGGUUGUUAAAAUUGUGCAAAGAAUUGGAAAAGGCAUACGUGAAUUCGUAUUCUGGGCGCGCAAUCAACUGGAACCGUAACGAUAAUACUGACAAAGGAAAUUGUGCCAAAGUUUGCUUAACUUCAAUUCAUAUGCUUUUCAACGGACUACAUGAGAUGUUUUAUAAAUGCGCCAGAAGUUACAAAGCCUUUGCAAUUGACGGUAGUGCAACAACGGACGAAAACAGAUACGACUUGGCAAAGUAUUUGCAGCUCCAAGGGUUUAAUGUCGACCGUCUUUAUAAAAAUAAGACUGGUUGGGAUGUUGCAGUCAAAUUGGGCAAAGGAUUUAACAAUAAUGGAGGGUUUUCAAACCCUGAGGAAACAAGAAAACGUUUUGAUGUUUACAUGGGCGCUGCACUAGAGAUGGAGGCUCCGCUGUCUGUGCUGUUCCGGAAUCUACAAGCAUAUUGCAGAGUCUCUCACCACAAUAUUGCAACGUCGACUAGGUAUCCAUCUUCCAUCUACGAGAUGCUAGGAUGGUUAGCAGGUCUCCCAUAUAAUCCUAUAUUUAGGAAACUCGAAGAGAAUUGCAAAAGCUAUUAUGACGUUGAAAAGGAGCGCCAUAUGGUAUCAAAAAUGCACGGCCUCAUGGCAUAUGAUCUAACCACUGUAUGCGAUUAUUCAUAUAAUUUGCUUACACGAAUUGCCGGAUUUGGUGAUGCUGCCACGUACUACGGCUGUGAAUAUAUGAACAACUCGCUUAAUUUGCACUAUAUGGAAAAACCUUCACAAUGCUUCGAUAUGUUGUUAGAUAUUCUUCGACGAUUGUUUCAUGCGCUGCGAUUCUUACACGUUCACUGUAGUAUCGAUAAAUCGUCCUACGGUUGGGGUGAGUGCAGAUUUGGAACAGGUGUGCAGGCUUCCGAUUGGCAUUGCAGUCAAUAUAAUGAUAAAUUGGCAUCUGGGACUGCAGAUUGCUCGAUCAGUUCGCCACUGCAGUUAUACUUCACAGAUGGUCUGAGGGGCAUGUUGCCGCACAGUAUCGUAUCCGAAAACCAAAAACUCACAUGUGCGACUUGUACAAAGACCCCACCCAGUAUGCCAUGUUUAACCCCUCUUGGUUUCAGGAGCUUCUCUGGAACUACACGAGUGGGAAAGGACUUGUGCGAUGUGCUUGACAAACUAUGCGGCGACAAUGGCGUGUUCACUACUGUUUAUUCCAACCUAUCAUGCCUUAUCAGCCGUCCACCUCAGUCAUUACCAGACAUAUUCUGCUUUUUCUCCCAUCUCACUCAAUCGUGGAAAACUAUGCCGGAGACAGGAUUUCCGAGUGGUGAUAAAAGUGUCCAAAAAUCUGUUUGCGAUAAAAUCGUCGGAACGGUGGCAUGUGACUAUAAUGAUGCCAGAAAGCUGCUUGAUUCCUGCCGGGAAUUGUAUCGUUCCAAAUCGCACAACAAACAUGACUAUGAAAAAUCGCCCGACAUCGAAUAUCUUAUUGGUUGUAAUAAAAAUGGCUGUGGGUACCUCAUUCAGAUGCUAAACGGUCCGGCGUACUCUGACCUCUCCGCUAAACACGCCAACAAGUAUCUUUCCUGGUUGACUUACAUAUGUCCUAGUAUUGUCACAUUCCUUGAGCAGCUGAAAAAUGCAUACUGCAAUAUUUCCUGUUUCGAAUCCGGUUGCCAAGGCUGUCACCAUGAAGGCAAAUGCCUAUCUGGUAAGCAUGGUACAGAGGAAUGUGGCUGCACUUCCAUGGUCCAUUGUCGUGGAGUCCUGCCCGUAUUCUAUCGGUAUGGCCUCACAUAUGCAGACGCCAGUUACAAAAGCAAAAAGCGGUGCUAUAUUUUCUGCAAGGCUCUAGAUCGCAUAUUAAAUUCCGAGUUGUUAAACAAUUUCCUCACUGCCGUUGACACCUUCUUGUGGACCAUCAGAAAAUAUUUCUUCUACACCCUCCUUUCCCUCUGGCUCCUCUCUUUGUUGUACCUCCUCCACAUCAUGGUCAUCCGCCUCGACCUGCUCCACAUCAAAUCUCACUUGCACUCACCAUCAUCACAUCGCAUAGCUGCCCAAUCACUACUCGCCGCUGCACGUCUUGGCAAACUUGCCAAGCUCACCUACCUGCAGCCUUGA